CUCCUGGUUAAGAGGAGAGGACUGGAGUAAGAAAAGGAGUUGGCAUAGAACACACACACACACACACUUACGUCCCACCCCCAAACAGUCAUCAGAAGAUACAUGAACGGAGAAGAUUUGAAGUCACGUUCACUACUGAGAGAGAAAGAGGGGGGGGAUACGGUAGACGGGUAGAAUGGAGAGACGACAACUGUAAAAAGAAAGUAGGCUACUUGGCCUGUCAAAUUGGAUAAGAGACAGGUGUAACUGUUUUCAGGAUGACUGGUUACUUACAAUUUGCAGUAGUCGAACCAUUGUGAGAUGGUCAUGUAAAAGAAAAUACAAACCUCACAUUAUUGUCACCACUGUAACCUGUGUAAAGUUGACGUCUGACUCGAACUGAUCAUAUGUCUGGGACACAAGCUGCUGUGCUGCCAUCAUUCAGCUCCUUCUCAAACUGUGUUCACUCCAAUGACAUUAUGAAGGUGUGGAAAUUUGAGGAUGGCGCUCUCAGUCUGGAGUCUCAAACCAAGAGGACGUCACCUGGCAACACCAGUGACCAGCAGCCAGUUCUUCCUCACCUGGACGAUGAAAGUGAAACCUCAUGGGACAUGGACUUCUUGUUGUCUGACUGGAGCAACCCAUCACCUGAGCUGAACCCCUCUCUGGACUACAACACUCAGCGUCUUCCUCAACCGGACCAAACUGGACUCUACCAUGAUAGAGGAGGGGUGUUGACGGACCAAAUAAGUUCAGACAGGCUUCAUACGGGCAGCAGUAGCCUGAUGGUUGAGCUGCUCACCCCCUUGGAGACCAUUGGUUCAGGCAUACCAGAACUUUACAACCAACAGGUUCGGUCAUCAUCAUCAUUAUCAUCAUCAUCGUCAUUCCCCAUUCAACCAAACGUGGCCCAGUAUGGUUUCAACCCCGGAAGCAACCAGGAGAGACAUGGCAGAGAUAGAGCCACUGCUGUCCUCACUAAGGCCAAAUCAUGGGACUUUGGAAUGGGACACUACUACCCCCAACAACACACUUCCAUGGUGACGUUUCAAGAUGGCAGAUUCCUCCAAGCCCCUGUCUCCAUGACAACCUCUAUGACCUCUGAAUCUCGAACCCACCACUACAGCUUCCUCCAAAACUACCCCCACCACCAGGGUCUGUACCGCAACCAGAGAGACUACAACCUCCACGGCCACCACCACCAACAAGCCUCCUCCAACCACUUCCCCUACUCCCAACACCAGCAGCCCCACCUAGCUAUCUCCUCCUCAGGGGUUCCCCCUGGAGGCUUGGAGGGGAAGAACGGCCGCAGGACAGUGGUGAAGAAGAGAGCUGCUACACACAGCUGUGAAUACUCAGGUUGUAGUAAGACCUAUACCAAGAGCUCCCACCUCAAGGCUCACCUCCGCACACACACAGGGGAGAAGCCAUACCACUGUACGUGGGAGGGCUGUGGGUGGAAGUUUGCCCGUUCGGACGAGUUGACCCGUCACUACCGUAAACACACGGGUCAGAAACCCUACGCAUGUCUGCAGUGUCAGAGAGCCUUCUCCCGCUCAGACCACCUGGCCCUGCACAUGAAGAGACACACAUGAUGAGAGGAGUGGAGGAUGGGUAUGACUGGGGCUGUGUGAGAUCAUGCACACUAAUAUGUGUGUACCUGUAUACACACACUCUCCACUGUCAUUCUGGUUCUCUCUCUCUCUCUCUCUCUCUCUCUCUCUCUCUCUCUCUCUCUCUCUCUCUCUCUCUCUCUCUCUCUCUCUCUCUCUCUCUCUCUGUCUCUCUCUCUCUCUCUCUCUCUCUCUCUCUCUCUCUCUCUCUCUCUGAUUGUCUCCUUUCUCUAUCUCUCUUUCUCUCUCUCGCACACUAAUCUAAUCAACACACGCGGUGCACACGCAACUACUAGGCAGAGUAGUGUUAUCAUGGAUGAAGAGCAGACGUGACUACUCAAAGAUAUACAGUGGACACACACACGUUGUCCACACACUAUAAACAGAUAAAGUAAACGAAGAGCCUUACAGUUACAGACUGACUUAACACUAAAAAUAAACAUAUACAUUUGAGUCAUUUAAGAGACGCUCUAAUCCAGAGUAAUUUACACUCAGAGUUAGGUGGGACAACCACAUAUCACAGGGAUAGUAAGUACUCUUUUCCUCAAUAAAGUAGUUAUCAGCAAAGUCAGAACUAGAAAGGCGGGGGUGGAGUCAAGAGCAAGUGUUAGUUCAGGAUUUGUAGAUUUUUAAAUGUUUCUUUGAGGGG